AUACGUAGUGUGUUAGGUUGUUAGAAAGUUAAUGGCUGGGGGGAAAGAGAUUCUCUUCUCUUCUCGCUUCGGGAGAGUUUUGGGGUUUCUGAAGUAAAAACGUUAUUUAUAAACGGAUCGUCACCCGAAGGAAAUUUAAGACGAUUAUACGUUUGUUAAUACGCGUCUUAUUUAGAUAAGUAUGCAGGAUGCAGUAGCCGGGACGGCAAUGCUGACGGACGGCUUCGAGGACGAGAUUGACUCGGUGACUCCGCGCUCCCCUGCGGUAGGGAUGGGGGUCGGAGCCACACCGGGAGCCGGGCUCGGGGGCAUUGGCAUCGACGUGGGCGGCAAGAAAGUCCGCUUGUUCGGGGAGUCUCCUGGGCCCGCCUCAGAUAGAUUGGAUUUCAAGCUGGCCGCAGCGGCAGUGCUCUCCUCUGGUCCGGGAUCCGGCAGCGACGAGGACGAGGUCUCCGAGGUGGAGUCCUUCAUCCUGGAGCAGGAAGACCUGGACAACCCCAUGUUGAAGACUGCAUCAGAGCUGCUCCUGUCCAGUGCUACAGAUGGGGUGGACCUGCGCACAGUGGACCCUGAAACUCAGGCCCGGCUAGAGGCCCUGCUGGAAGCAGCAGGCAUCGGUAAACUGUCCACCGCGGAUGGUAAAGCAUUCGCAGAUCCCGAGGUGCUACGCCGGCUGACGUCAUCGGUGAGCUGUGCGUUGGACGAGGCCGCUGCCGCUCUCACACGCAUGCGGGCCGAGAACACGCUCAACGCAGGCCAAGCUGACAAUUUGGUUAUUUUCAGCCGUAGUCUGGCGGAGGCCUGCUCCGAUGGGGAUGUCAAUGCUGUGAGGAAACUCCUUGAUGAGGGCCGCAGCGUCAAUGAGCACACGGAGGAGGGUGAAAGUCUACUGUGCUUGGCCUGCUCUGCUGGGUACUAUGAGCUGGCACAGGUCCUGCUGGCCAUGCAUGCCAAUGUGGAGGACCGGGGUAUUAAAGGAGACAUUACACCCCUCAUGGCAGCUGCCAGUGGUGGUUAUGUAGACAUAGUCAAAUUGCUGCUGGUGCAUGGCGCAGAUGUUAAUGCACAGUCCUCCACAGGGAACACAGCGCUAACAUAUGCAUGUGCCGGUGGCUUUGUGGAUGUGGUGAAGGUUCUGCUGAAGGAAGGUGCUAAUAUAGAGGACCACAACGAAAACGGUCACACCCCAUUGAUGGAGGCGGCCAGUGCAGGCCACGUAGAGGUGGCACGAGUGCUGCUUGAAUGCGGGGCUGGCAUAAACACGCACUCCAACGAGUUCAAGGAAAGUGCACUUACACUGGCCUGCUACAAAGGACACCUGGACAUGGUGCGCUUCCUGCUGGAGGCUGGAGCUGACCAGGAGCACAAGACAGAUGAGAUGCACACUGCGCUUAUGGAAGCCUGCAUGGACGGCCAUGUAGAAGUAGCUCGGCUGCUUCUGGACAGCGGAGCACAGGUGAACAUGCCAGCAGACUCUUUUGAGUCACCACUAACACUGGCAGCCUGUGGGGGUCAUGUGGAGCUGGCGGCCUUGCUCAUUGAGCGAGGUGCCAACUUGGAAGAAGUGAAUGAUGAGGGCUACACACCAUUGAUGGAGGCGGCACGCGAGGGUCAUGAGGAAAUGGUGGCUUUGCUCCUGGCACAAGGUGCCAACAUCAAUGCCCAGACAGAGGAGACACAGGAGACUGCACUGACGUUGGCCUGCUGUGGGGGCUUUCUUGAGGUGGCGGACUUUCUCAUCAAGGCUGGGGCAGACAUUGAGUUGGGCUGUUCCACACCCCUCAUGGAGGCUGCACAGGAAGGCCACCUGGAGCUAGUCAAGUACCUGCUAGCUGCAGGAGCAAACGUCCAUGCAACCACAGCCACAGGGGAUACAGCGCUGACAUAUGCAUGUGAAAAUGGCCACACCGAUGUGGCUGACGUACUGCUGCAGGCAGGGGCAGAUCUGGAGCAUGAGUCAGAGGGAGGGAGGACCCCUCUCAUGAAAGCUGCCAGAGCUGGACACUUGUGCACUGUGCAGUUCUUAAUCAGCAAAGCAGGUGCUAAUGUGAACAGAGCAACGGCCAAUAAUGACCAUACUGUGGUGUCACUGGCAUGUGCCGGGGGGCACUUGGCCGUGGUGGAGCUGCUGCUGGCCCAUGGGGCAGACCCCACACACAGACUGAAGGAUGGCUCCACCAUGCUCAUUGAAGCUGCUAAGGGUGGUCACACAAAUGUGGUGUCUUACCUGCUAGACUACCCAAACAAUAUCCUCUCUGUCCCUACUCCUGACCUGUCCCAGCUCACACCCCCUUCUCACGAUGCGUCUCAGGUUCCUCGUGUACCAUUCCAAGACCUUCCCAUGGUGGUCCCCCCCCAGGAGCCAGACGGAAUGCCUUCCAACAUUGUGACCCCUCCUCCUGUCUCCGGCAAAGGUGCGUGUAAGCAAAGGCCCGGCUCUCUGCAGGCGAGCCCAGGGGCUGCUGGGCGGCCGGAUGCCGACCUGCUGCUCCCCUUCCACCCCUACCAGCCACUGGAGUGCAUCGUGGAGGAGACAGAGGGCAAGCUGAAUGAGCUGGGCCAGCGCAUCAGUGCCAUCGAAAAGGCUCAGUUGCACUCACUGGAGCUCAUCCAGGGAGAGCCCCUCACCAAAGACAAGAUUGAAGAGCUGAAGAAAAGCCGUGAGGAGCAGGUGCAGAAGAAGAAGAGGAUCCUGAAGGAGCUACAGAAGGUGGAACGCCAGCUGCAGCUCAAGACGCAACAGCAGUUCACCAAAGAGUAUAUGGAGGCCAAAGGGCCGAAGGAUGAUACUGGGACCCCGCAGCUGGCUCAGCCGUGUUCAGACACGGAUGAAGAGGGUGCACAAGAUGGCGAGGAUGAUCAGCCAUCCCCUGUGGAGGAAGAGGACGAUGAGGAUGACAAUGAAAACUAUGGUCAUCUGCCACAGGUGGACGCCAUACUGUACAGAGAUACACAGCCCCCACCGCCUCCACCCCCACCGCAGACCCAGGGGUUACCCCCUCUGCCGCUGCAGGCUGGCUUCAUGCCCAUCCAGCCUCUGGCUGCACAGCAGUCUACUGACUUCAGCAGCGCUAACUAUCCUAGCAGUACCAGUCCUGACCUGCAGAGGGUGCUGGUGAGUCAGCAGAUGCAAGGCCAGCCACUGGCUGAGAGCCUCAUGGUGGCCACGCCUGCUCAGACGCUUACUGACACGCUGGAUGACAUAAUGGCAGCGGUGAGCAGCAGAGUGCCUAUGAUUAACACUACAACCUCGCCCAACCCUCCACCCCCCGUGCAGACAUCCAACAACUGUCUCUCACCACCCUCUGUGCUGCCAUUGUACCCUUCUGUGGACAUUGAUGCACAUACGGAAAGCAACCAUGACACAGCAUUAACCCUGGCAUGUGCUGGAGGCCACGAGGAGCUGGUGUCGGUGCUGCUUGCACGAGGGGCCAAUAUUGAACACAGGGACAAGAAGGGCUUCACUCCCCUGAUCCUGGCUGCCACAGCAGGACAUGUGGGAGUGGUGGAGGUACUCCUGGACAAAAGUGCUGACAUUGAAGCCCAGUCGGAGAGAACCAAAGACACGCCAUUGUCCUUGGCCUGCUCUGGGGGCCGACAGGAGGUGGUGGAACUGCUGCUUUUGCGUGGGGCCAACAAGGAGCAUCGCAAUGUCUCUGACUACACUCCUCUCAGCCUGGCCGCCUCGGGGGGCUAUGUCAAUAUCAUCAAGAUCCUCCUCAAUGCCGGCGCUGAGAUUAACUCCAGGACUGGAAGCAAGCUGGGGAUCUCUCCCCUAAUGCUGGCGGCCAUGAAUGGGCAUGUCCCAGCAGUCAAGCUGCUGUUAGACAUGGGCUCAGAUAUCAACGCGCAGAUUGAGACCAACCGCAACACAGCACUUACGUUAGCCUGCUUCCAGGGCCGUGCUGAAGUGGUCAGCCUGUUGCUUGACCGCAAGGCUAAUGUGGAGCACCGCGCCAAGACUGGACUGACUCCACUAAUGGAAGCCGCAUCUGGGGGCUAUGCAGAGGUGGGCCGUGUGCUUCUGGACAAGGGGGCAGAUGUGAAUGCACCACCUGUGCCCUCGUCACGGGAUACUGCUCUCACCAUUGCAGCAGACAAGGGCCACUACAAAUUCUGCGAGCUUCUUAUCAACAGAGGGGCCCACAUCGAUGUACGCAAUAAGAAGGGCAACACACCCCUCUGGCUUGCUGCCAAUGGUGGCCACUUUGACGUUGUUCAGCUGCUGGUGCAGGCAGGUGCAGAUGUGGAUGCUGCAGACAACCGCAAGAUCACACCACUUAUGGCUGCCUUCCGCAAGGGCCAUGUGAAAGUGGUGCAGUACCUGGUGAAGGAAGUAAACCAGUUUCCGUCUGACAUCGAGUGCAUGCGAUACAUUGCCACCAUUGCAGACAAGGAGCUGUUGAAGAAGUGUCACCAGUGUAUGGAGACUAUAGUAAAAGCCAAAGAUCAACAGGCAGCUGAGGCCAAUAAGAAUGCCAGCAUCUUACUCAAAGAACUGGAUCUGGAGAAGUCUCGGGAGGAAAGUAGGAAGCAGGCUCUGGCAGCUAAGCGUGAGAAGCGCAAGGAGAAGCGGAAAAAGAAGAAAGAAGAGCAGAAGAAGAAGCAGGAGGAAGAAGAGGCAAAAGUGAAGGAGGAGUGUUCAGAAAUGCAGGACCAGGAGAAGGAUUCUAGUGAAGAGCCAGAGGUCCCCAUUGAGCCCCCAAGUGCCACUACCACCACCACCAUUGGGAUCUCUGCCACCUCAGCUACCUUUACCUCAGUCUUUGGGAAGAAGCGUGCAAAUGCAGUUACCACACCUAGCAUCAACCGUAAGAACAAGAAGAAUAAAACAAAGGAGGCACCGAGUGAGCCCAUCAUCUUGCAGGACCCCCAGGUGGCACUGGCACAGCAGAAGGCUGACAAAAAUAAAGUCCAUGGGGAGCCCAGAGGUGGUGGGGCACCUGGUGGUAACAGUGACUCUGACAACCAGGACAGCGCUGACUGCAACAGUGAGAGCAGUGGGGGUGGUGGCAAGAGCCUAGAGCUCGGCUUCCUUCCUGAUUUGCCUUCAUCUUCCUCAUCCUCCUCUUCCUCGUCUUCCUCCUCUGCUCCCUCAAAUCUUGCACAUGCCCCGCCUGCCCCUGAGAGGAGGCAGGGGCCCCUGCUGCAUUGCUCCAGAGAGGACAAAGUCACCGUGUCCAUCUCCAAACCUCAGCACAAAAUGCAAGAGUGUAUUAAUGACUUGACUUCAAGCUCAGUCCCCUCCUCAUUCAAGACCAUUUCACUGCCAGUAACUUCACCAAACAGUAAGAUAAACUUGACCAGCCCCAAGAGAGGCCAGAAGAGAGAGGAGGGCUGGAAGGAGGUGGUCAGGAGUGGCGUGUCUCGAUUUAGGUCUAAGAAGCUGUCGGUCCCAGCCUCAGUUGUGUCGCGCAUCAUGGGUCGGGGCGGCUGCAACAUCACUGCCAUCCAGGACGUGACUGGUGCACACAUUGACGUGGACAAGCAAAAGGACAAGAACGGAGAGAGGAUGAUUACAAUAAGAGGUGGUACGGAGUCAACGCGGCAUGCCGUGCAGCUGAUCAAUGCACUGAUCCAGGACCCGGCAAAGGAGCUAGAGGACUUGAUCCCCCGCAACCACAUACGCACCCCAGGGGCUAACUCCAAGAGUGGCUCCACCUUCACCAACUCCACAGGGGCUACCAGCACUGCAACUGCUGGUUCCAAGAGCCUAACUUCCAUGGUGCCCUCCUCCACAAUGUCAUUCCCACCCUCCUCAUCUGCAGCACAGCAACCUUCUGGAAAGCUGGGAAAAGGCAUGUCAUCAGGGGUGAGGCCCCCCUUCCCAGUGUCCCUUCCCCUGGCUUAUGCCCAUCCACAGCUCGCUCUUUUGGCCGCCCAGACCAUGCACCAGAUCCGACACCCACGGCUGCCCAUGGCACAGUUUGGUGGUACCUUCUCGCCAUCGCCCAACACAUGGGGCCCUUUCCCAGUGCGGCCUGUGAGCCCUGGCAGUACCAACAGCUCCCCGAAACACAAUGGGUGUGCAGCACCCCGACCGAGUGUGUCACACAGUGAGCACGCAGCCUCUCCCAGCAAUCCUCCUGCUGCUGCUACUACUACUACAGCCACGCCUUCAACUACCACACAGACCCAGUCAUGCCUUCCUCCUAGUACUCCCACCCCUUCCUCAGUAAGGAAACAGCUUUUUGCUGCUGAACCUAAGACAGGUGCAGUCAGUGCACCUCCCACUACCAUGAACAGUGCGUGUUCUGCCAGAGCUUUCGGCUCACCUGCCCACCUACACAAUACCCCUCCCACAGCACCCCCAACUCCGCCUCCACCACCGUCUAUAGCCCCACUUUCACAGCAGCUGCCAGCUACUAGGCCUGAGCCCUGCUCAACAGCCACACCUGGAAAGGAGAGGCCAUCUUUGGAGCAUCCAUCCAUGUCUGCCCCCAUUGGGGGGACCUCCGAUAAUAUAAACUCACCUGGGUCCUUACCUUUCCCUACCCAAAAUUCGUCUUUGCCACCGCAGCCAGAAUCCCGGCAGCAACUGCCCCUACCAUUUUCUUCCAGUGCAGAGCCUGUACCUUCUGUGGCUCUAUCAGGUUCCACACUUCCCUCUUCUUACCCUGCCCCCAUCUGUGCCAGUACCAUUACGCACACCAGUAACACUUUACCUCAGCUUGCUACCCCAGCCCCUCGUGUAUCACAUAGAAUGCAGCCUGCAGGGCCCUUCUUUUCCCUGCCAGAACAGCAGUCUAUGUUUAUGUCCAUGAGUGGACCGCAGGAGCCACCAAAGCAGCAGCAGCAACAGCCUGCUGUAGCUCCACCCUCUGCAGUUGGUGUAAUGAAUGGCUCCCAGAUGCACAUCCCCAGUGGCAAAGCCCAGCUGUCAGCCUCCUUUGGAUCUGCUGCACUCUUCAACCAUUUCAGCAGCAUCUUCGAUGGCAGCCAAGUUGGCAACAAUCAGGUGUGGGGAACAUGCCACUUGCCUGCAAGGAACCCACCUGAGCAGGCCUACAGUACCACAUCCACCUAUAUGGGCAUGGGCCAGAUGGAAAGUGCAAUACCCCCAUCCGACAGCUCUAAAGCCCCUGGUUACCGCUCUGCUUCCCAGAGGAUAGUCUCAAGUCCAGUUGCUGUGCAGCCCUUAGACCCCUCGGGGAACUCAAUCUCCUCAUCUGCAGCACUGACUAGCUUUGCUACCAGCAUUUCGGGCAGUCCUGUGUUCCUGCAAGGUCACCCCCCUGUUGGCACACCCUCCUUCAGCCGCCAGCAUUUUUCACCCCAUCCCUGGAGUGCCUCCACUUCACGCGAGUCCCCGGUACCCUCAGCUUCUCCUGGCACCACCUCCCCACUCUCUGCAUCCACAACUGCACCUCCGCUAGUCCAGUCCAAGCCCAGCAUUUCUAGCCAACAGGACCGCAAGGUGCCACCACCAAUUGGUACAGAGCGCUUGGCCCGCAUCCGGCAAACAGGAUCCGUCAACCCUCCGCUGCUUACUACAAGCUACACAGCAUCUGUUGGACAGGGGGGUAUCUGGUCCUUUGGUGUGGGCAGCGCCUCUGAAGCCAUGUCAGGAUGGUCGCAGCCUCUGAACAGUCACAUGCUGCACCAGCAGCUGCCAGAGCCAACAGCCUUCUCACAGCACCAACCCAUGGAGCAGGAUGAUACAGGCAUUGUGGCUCCCUCAAACACCUUCCACCAGGCCAUGGCCAGCAGCUUCAUGGACUUCCCUAAGGGGAUGCCCAUGUCGAUGUACGGUGGGACAGUGAUACCUCCCCAUCCCCCAAUGGCCGAGGGGCCAGGGGCACCCAUGUUCAACGGGAUCCAUACUGCAGAUCCUGCCUGGAACCCAAUUCUCAAGGUUGUCUCAAACUCCACAGAGAAUUCUGACCCCCAGCAGGUCUGGCCUGGUACUUGGGCUCCACAUGUCGGGAAUGUGCAUCUGAACCACGUCAACUGAACUCAUCAGUCAAGGCACAUUAUGAGGAAUAAAAUACAUUAAUUUUUAACGAACAACAAAUUGCAAUGAUAAAGAUGUUAAUUAGCAGAGUCCUUUCAAGGGUUUAGAAUCGGAAAGAUGAACACCCAUUUUUUGAUGUGCCUAAAACAAUUUGGUGUGUGGGCUGUUACUCGUUUAACACUGUCUAUGAACAAAACUGAUUGCCUGUUGGAAAGGAUACAUUCUGCUUAGUAUAGCCAUUUCGACUUAAACCCUCAAACUGGUCCUUCUCUACAGGACUCAACAGGACUGUAAGCUAUUUAUACUCGAGACAAAACUAGAUUACAUUAAAGAUACAUGAAUCAGACCUUUUAGAAUGGUAAAUACAUGUAUAAUUGUUUACAUACUAAAAAGGGUUAAAGAGUAAAUUUCAUGUCGUAUAGUGGCUCUACUUUAUGUAGCCUGUAUUAAUGUGAAAUAUUUACCUUAAUAUUCAAUAAAAAGUUGGAACUGUAUAUGUGUAUGUGUUUUUCUUCAGCGUGAAUGUUUAUCCUCAGAAGGAACUCCUUUCCCUUUAGCAACUUGCUGAUCCCAUUCACAAGGGGUCUAAAAUUGAAUCUGCAUU